UUCAAGCACAACCAACAACACUAAAACUAGAGGAAAGAAAAAAGGAUAUACCGCCAAAGGAAGUCUGUCCAAAUGGAAGAGGGAAAAUUAGGAAGAGUUUGUGUAACUGGAGGUACAGGGUUUAUUGGUUCAUGGAUCAUCAAGAGACUCCUUGAAGAUGGUUACACUGUUAAUACCACUGUUAGAUCUGAUCCAGAACGCAAGAAAGAUGUUAGCUACCUCACAAAUCUUCCAGGUGCAUCCCAAAAGCUACAGUUUUUCAACGCUGAUCUUAGCAACCCAGAAAGUUUCAGUGCAGCAAUUGAAGGGUGCAUUGGGAUAUUCCACACUGCUACUCCAAUUGAUUUUGAAGAAAACGAACCUGAGGAAAUAGUGACGAAAAGAACCAUUGAUGGGGCAUUAGGCAUUCUAAAAGCAUGCCUAAACUCAAAGACAGUGAAGAGAGUUGUUUACACUUCUAGUGCCUCUGCUGUUUGCUGGCAGAGCAAAGAAGAAGAAGUGAUGGAUGAGAGUUAUUGGAGUGAUGUGAACAUUCUUAGAGCUUUGAAGCCAUUUGCUUGGUCAUAUGCAGUUUCUAAGACAUUGGCUGAGAAAGCUGUUCUUGAAUUUGGAGAACAACAUGGGUUGGAUGUUGUGACCCUAAUACCUACUUUUGUUCUUGGACCCUUCAUUUGUCCCAAGCUUCCUGGCUCUGUUUAUUCCUCACUGUCUUUGUUGUUUGGUGACAAGAACCCAUUGACAGCAUCUCGUACCCAUGUGGUGCAUGUUGAUGAUGUAGCUAGAGCACAUAUAUUCUUGCUUGAACAUCCUAAUCCAAAAGGGAGAUAUAAUUGCUCACAAGGCGUUGUAACUGUUGAAGAAAUAGCUGAAAUUUUUUCUACCAAAUACCCAGAAUUUCAAAUACCAUCACUAGAGGAGGUGAAAAAAAUUAAAGGUCCCAAGCUUCCACAUUUAACGUCGAAAAAACUCAUGGAUGCUGGAUUCGAGUUCAAGUAUGGCCUUGAGGAAAUGUUUGAUGAUGGAAUUCAAUGCUGCAAGGAAAAGGGUUUUUUGUAAUCUAUUUGAACCAUGACGUUAAUAAGAUGUAUGAUGGUAAUAAAUAAUAUGUUGCAUGGCAUUGACAACAACAUAUGCUGAAGUCAUUGAUAAU